CUUCAAAGAGGACACAUUAAAAAUACAUCUGCUAAUCUUGUUAUUGGGAAUUUGAAUUUAUAAAAAUGGAAUGUGAUAAAGCACGAGCUCAAUCUGUCCUGCUUUUCAACUCUGUUCAACAGGGGCAUGUAAACGUGAUCAGAAAGCUCCUGAAAGCAGGAACAAAUCCGAAUGUCUUUGAUGGGGAAGGAGAACCCCUUAUCUUUGUCCCAGUUGUUAAUGGGGAUUAUGAUACUCUCGAAGUACUUUUGGAGAGUGAUGUCUGUGACAUUAAUCUAAAGAGUCUGGAUUCUGCAACAUCGGCUUUGACAACGGCCGUGGGUUUAGAUGAUCUUGAUAUGGUGAAAUUUCUCAUCAAAGCAGGUGCCAAUGUUGAUUGCAUUGACGAGUCUGGAAAAACACCUCUUCUUCUGGCCCUCCAGGAGGGGAAAUUUAGAAUUGCUCAGUAUCUCAUGAAACAAGGCAGCGAUGUAAAUAUUGUUGAUGGACUUGGACAAUCAGCGUUGUUCUUGAUUGCCAAUGGAGGGAAUAAUGAUUGUUUGAAGACAGUAAAAAAGCUUAUGAAAUAUGGGUAUUCACUCGAGAAAGAUUCAGAAUGGAUUUCCCCUGACGAAUUGGAUUUGGAGAAAUUCCAAAACGCAUCCAAAGUGAACAAACUUUUAAAGAAAUUUGCGUCCAAAAUGCUGUCUUUCUCUUCCAUCCAGAGCUCUCUGAAACUUUGUAAUUCUGCCACCUGAACAAGCGUAGCUGACACAUUGGCACUGCAACCACAACGCAUUGCAAAAAUGCGCAGGCCGCAACGUUGGAAGACAUGUCUUCAAGUUCAGUCUUUGUACUAUAUGGAAGACGCGGCGACCAAAAAAAAGCUAUGCUACAUAAUGAAAAUGCUAACGCUUUCGCAACAUAAUAGUGUUCAGCUUGAUGGGAAAAGAACUGUAGUUGAACUAUGAUUCACCCAUGACAUUUAUCUAAUGAUCAUGUUAAAAGGAUAAACGUAUGGGUCAUUUACAUGUAGAUUCAUUGCUUUUGGUGAACAUUAAAAAAUAUUCUAUGA